AGAGUCAGAAUAGGACUCGCAAGAAUGUCAUCAACUACUAUAAAUACAAGGAAAAGGAAAAAAAAAAAAAAAAUAGUGUAAUAUAUAUAGUAUAUCAAAUGAAUAAAGAAAAAGAUGAGGGUGGCAGUAAUAAUAAUAUAUAAGAAGGAGAAGAAGAGGGUGGCAAAGCCCGGCGGCCUGUGGUGGUGGUCGGGCUAAUAUAUAUGUUAUAUAUAUGUGUUGUAUAAGAAGAAUUAAUAAUGGAGAAGAUGAAGAUGAUGUGUGGAUUAAGAGAGAUAGAGAAAGAAAUAGAGAGAGCAUAUUCAAUGGAUGAUAAAAGCAGUCACUAUAGUAUUACUAGUGGCAUUCUUCCUUCUCUUGGCGCUCAUAGUAAUCGUAAAAUCAAGCUUCCUCCUCACAUUAUCUCCCCCUCUAAUCCCCGUUACAGGGCUUGGAAUGGAUUUCUGGUGCUUCUUGUUUUCUACACAGCAUGGGCGUCACCUUUUCAGUUUGGAUUUCUAGACAGACCUCAUGGACCUAUUGACACCAUAGAUAACAUAGUUAAUCUUCUUUUCGCCGUUGACAUUGUCCUGACAUUCUUUGUUGCCUAUCUGGAUAAAUCAACUUACAGUAUGAUUGAUGACCCAAAGCGGAUUGCUUUGAGGUACAUAAAAUCCGGGUUUGUGUUUGAUUUGAUAUCCACCAUCCCUUCCGAACUUGCUCGGAAAGCAUUGCCUCACCAUCUUCAAUCAUAUGGAUACUUCAGUAUGCUUCGCCUCUGGCGUCUUAGAAGAGCCAGUGUCAUGUUUGCUAAAUUGGAGAAAAAUAGGAGGGUCAGUUACUUUGGAGUUCGAGUACUGAAGCUUAUAUGUGUGACUCUUUUUGCUGUUCAUUGUGCUGGCUGCUUCUACUACCUUCUUGCUGCUCGGAAAAAAGACCCAAGUAAAACUUGGCUUUCACUUUCCAUGGGAAAUUUUCAUGACAGGAGCAUCUGGAAUCUGUAUGUAAUGUGUAUGUACUGGUCCAUUACAACGCUUACAACAACUGGCUAUGGGGAUUUGCACGCUGUGGCUACAGAUGAAAUGAUAUUCACCAUGAUUUACAUGCUAUUCAACCUCGGGUUGACUGCAUAUCUUAUUGGAAAUAUGACCAACUUGGUCGUCCAUGGAACCAGUAAGACUAGGAAAUUCAGGGAUACUAUUCAAGCUGCCUCAAGCUUUGCACAAAGGAAUAAGCUGCCGGUUCGGCUUGAAGAACAGAUGCUAGCUCACUUGUGUUUGAGGUACAGAACAGAUUCGGAAGGUCUACAGCAGCAAGAAACUCUUGGAACACUACCCAAAGCUAUUCGAUCUGGCAUUUCACAUUAUCUAUUCUAUUCACUGGUCGAUAAGGUGUACUUAUUCCAUGGUGUAUCAGAUGACUUACUUUUUCAACUGGUUGCUGAGAUGAAGGCCGAGUAUUUCCCUCCAAGAGAGGAUGUCAUUUUGCAAAAUGAAGCACCUACAGAUUUGUACAUUCUGGUUAAUGGAGUAGUGGAACUUGUAUCACACAGGAAUGGGAUGGAUCAGGUAGUUGGCGAGUUGAAGAACGGAGGCGUUUGUGGAGAAGUUGGUGUGCUUUGCUAUAGGCCUCAACUCUUUACUGUUCGAACGAAAAGAACAUCCCAACUGCUACGCUUGGAUCGUACUUCAUUUUUCAACAUCGUUAAAGCAAAUAUAGGAGACGGGACAAUAAUCAUGAACAAUCUCCUUCAGCAUUUGAAAGAGCGAAAGGAUCCAAUGAUGACAACGGUAUUAGCAGAUAUAGAACAUAUGCUGGCUCAGGGAAGAAUGGACAUGCCUCUCAGCUUAUGUUUUGCAGCAAACAGAGGAGAUGAUCUUUUGUUGCGCCAAUUGCUAAAAAGGGGUAUGGAUCCGAACGAAUCUGAUAGCAAUGGACGUACAGUGUUGCAUAUAGCAGCUUCAAAAGGAAGUGUUGAAUGUAUUCUUCUACUUCUAGACUUUGGAGCAGAUCCAAAUAGAAAAGAUUCUGAAGGAAAUGUUCCAUUGUGGGAUGCAAUGAUGGGGAAGCAUGAAGCUGCGAUAAAAUUGCUUGUGGACAACGGGGCAACAAUAUCUUCAGGAGACGUAGGUCAGUUUGCUUACUUUGCAGUGGAGCAAGGCAGCCUAGACUUGCUUAAGGAGAUCAUCAAGUAUGGAGGUGAUGUCACCCUUCUUAACAACAGCUUAGGCACGACCGCAAUGCACACUGCUAUUUCUGAGGAGAACGUGGAAAUAGUUAAAUUCCUAAUGGAACAAGGAACUGAUGUUGAUAAACCAGACGUUCACGGUUGGACACCGAGAGCAUUGGCUGAAUAUCAGGGCCACGAAGAGAUAAAAGAGCUUUUCAAUUUGAUGCAACCAACUGGUAAAGAAACCAACGUCUAUCCUCCUGAAAUGCCUAGUGCUCCCUACCUUAAGAAGUAUCAGAGCGAUCCCAUGAUUCAUCUCUUAACUCCUGAAGAAACAGCAUCACCACUAGCUAGAGAAAGUGGCUCGUCCCACGGCAGAUUAAUGAAGAAAAGGGCCAGUCCCUUUCAGAAUUCACUGAUAGGAUUUAUGUCUGCAGGCCAGAGACACCAUGAUGCAGGAGGAAGCGGCCUGGAUUCUUCAACUAAAAUUGCCAGUUCACGGAUUCCAGGCAGAGUUACCAUCGGUUGUCUAGAGAAAGCUCAUAUAGGUAGAAGGGUUGUGCUUUUGCCGGAUUCCAUUCAAGAGCUACUUGAUAUUGGUACUCAGAAAUUUGGCAUCUCUCUCACCAAAGUACUAACUGAAGAUGGAGCACUUAUUGAAGACAUUGCAGUAAUAAGAGAUGGAGAUCAUCUAGUUCUUGCUGGUGAUGAUACUUCAGAAUAUUAAAACACAGCUAAUAGUAAGAAAUAAUCAUACAUAUUGCAGAAAUGAAUCUGGUUGACCUGUAAUUUUUGUGCUCACCAUUUUGGAGAUAUAGUAGAUGAUAGAUCACUAACAAGGCAAUGUAAUUACCGCAUAGAGGAAUUUGAUUCACAUAUACUCAUUGAAAAGUUGGAAGAAAUAGGACAACCGUGUUGGGCUGUGUUUUGCGUGGGGGGUGGUGCAAAAUGUAUAAAAUUUACAGAUAACAAAAUCUUCUUCUCAAUUAUUGAGAAUUCUUAUGCACGUAAUAUAAC